AUGGCCCCCAUGACAGGUAUUAUCGACAUGCACAAGAACUGGCGAUGUGCUACUUGUGGUAUUGUCAAUCAAAUACAAAUGAAAAUAUGUACGGGAUGUGGCACGACGCGCAAAGAGGGCACACAUGCGUUGACCAGUGACAACCUCAAAAUCGGUACCCUUGGCACGGUUUUUGCAGACGGAAGAGAACACUGGCUAUAUGACAAGACCUCCGUGGAUGCUAUAGUAAUCGCAAGGGGAGGUUUGUUACCCAAUCGGAACGGCACAGUUACCGAUCCCUGCACAGCGUCUACCGGCACUUGA